AUGUCAAAGAAAGUAGUGGAAAACAAGACAGGUUUAGCCUUCAAUCAGCUUAUAGAUGAUUUGAAGAACGAAGACAUAAGGAAAAGAUUAAAUUCAGUUUAAAAUCUUCACGUUAUAGCAAACGCAUUAGGACCAGAGCGCACUCGUCUAGAGUUGAUUCCUUUCUUGAAUGAAUUAAUGGACGAUGAAGAUGAAAUAUUAGCAGCUCUUGUUGAGAGUCUUUCUAAUUUUUUAGAUUUUAUUGGAGGUAAUUAACAUGCUGUAAUUUUAUUUUCACCUAUGGAAGCUUUAUGCAAAGCUGAUGAAUCGAGUGUUCGUGAUAAGGCAGCCUAGUCCUUGAAAAAGUUAAUUUAGCUAAUAGACGUUAAGAAAAACGAAGAAAUGCUCAUAAAUUUAUCAAAAAGACUAAACGAGUCAGGCUAUUACCUAACCAAAGGGCCAUUGAGUGCAAUAAUUCCUUCGUUUUAUGAAAAAUCAUCACCUUAAUUCUAAUAAGAAAUGAAUAAUUACUAUUUAAAAUUCGCUUAGGAUGAUGUCCCAUAUGUUAGAAAAUAAGCUUCUAUAAAUUUAAAGGAUUUUGUUAAAUCUGGUGCUGGUAAAAAUGAAUAAGUUGUAAUUUAGAUAAUAAACACCUUAAUCAAGGAUGAAUAAGACUUAGUACGUCUUUACAUAGUUGAUGCAGUUGUUGCAUUCAUUAUUAAAGAUACAGACAAAAAAUACUAUAGUUAACUUUUACAAUUUUUGUAAGCUCUCUCAACUGAUGUUUCUUGGAGAAUUAAGUAUUAUUUUUGUGAAAAAUUGGCUGAUGUCAGCAAAGCUAUCGGAAAGUCUGAAUUCAAAAAAAAUUUCACAAAAAUAUAUCUAGGUUUUUUGGAUGAUGCUGAACCUGAACUUAGAGCAAUUGCAGCUUCCAAGUUAGAUGUCGCUGGUUUUAAUAUGGAAUAAGAUGAAAUAAUUAGGGACCUUAUCCCAAUAGUAAAAAAGCUCUCUAGCGAUCCUUAAAAUUAUGUCAGAACUUCAUUAUCUUCAAGCUUCAUGGGUUUGAGCCAAUUCCUUGGAAAGAAAAAUACUACUGAAUUAAUUCUUCCAGUAUUUGUUCAGUUGCUUUCUGAUACUGACAGUGAUGUAAGAAUCAGUCUCUUCAAAUCCUUAAACCAAAUUACUAGCGUGUUAGGUAUUGAAAGUCUUUCCUAAUAAAUUGUUCCUGCUUUAACAGAGUUGGCUCAAGAUAAAAACUGGAGAAUAAGGUCUUCUUCAAUUGAAAUUAUUUCCUUCUUCGCCAAAGAAAUAGGAUAAGAAUUUUUGAAUGAUAAAAUUUUAAAGAUUUUAAUGGAAUGGUUAUCAGAUAAAGUUUUUGGAGUUAGAGAGGCAGCUGUAUAGUGUGUCAAAGUUUUAGUUUAAUAUUUGGGAUCUUCAUGGGCUGAAAAGAAUAUUAUGUCUAAAAUUUUAAAUAUAGUUAAUUCUCCAAACUAUCUUCAUCGUGAGACUGUUUUGUUUUUGAUAAUAUAAAUAGCUAAAACUCUCUCCCCUGAAUAUUUAAGUAAGACUAUUGUUCCACUUUUAACAACCUUGAGCAAAGAUCCUGUUGCAAAUAUUAGAUUUAACGUCUCCAAAGCAUUUAAAGCCAUAUUACCUUUUGUUAAAGAAAAAGAAUAAUUGAAAACUGUUUUAAAUACUUUAUGUGAAGACAGUGAUUCAGAUGUUAAAUUCUAUGCAAAAUAAGCAAUAGACUCUAUGUGA